UCUAUUGUUGAAGCAUUCGGAGCUCUCGAUUAAGCUCCUGGCCAGCGAUUUUGUCAUUCUCUUUGAACAACUGGAAAUAAGUUUCUUGAAGAGUAUUUGUUGGAGAACUUUGGAAAACUACAGGAACAGAUGCGUAGUCAGUCAUGUUUCAUAUUUCGUUCUUGUUGGACUGGAGAAAGUAGUUGUUGCAAGUCAAAGAGAGCACGUUGUUUGAUUGCCUCCGGUUUUUUACCUGCAUUUUCAGUCAGUCAUAAACCCAAACGUUUAAGGUACAACUUGUGUCUGUUUGCCAAACAACCUUAUCCUUCUCCCUCUUCUGGCUCUGGCGGUAUUACUUUUCUUGUUGGGAAUAUUUUUGCUCAAAUGAUGCAGUUAUUGCUGGGUUUUAGAAGACUUACUCGACUAGUUGAUGAUAAAGAUGUGGCCCCGUUGGAAGAUGUUUAUUAUCCUGAAAGAGAGGAAUGGUCCAGAAACUAUCAAGUCUUAGUACUGGGUGCUACUGGAAAAAUUGGGAAUAUCAUUACCAAGAAACUAUUGUUAAGAGGAUACAGAGUUAGAGUAUUAGUAAGAAAUUUGUACAGCUCCACCUUGGAUGCAGUUGGAACUGGAUGUACUUUUGCGAAAGGAGAUGUGAGAGAACUUUCAAGUUUAUAUGACGCCAUGGAAAAUAUCGAUAAGGUCAUUUGGGCUGUUGGAACUUCCGAUUCACAAGAAACGGAAACUGUGGAGUUCAAUGGAUUACAAAACGUGAUCAAAGCCUUGCAUGAUUCCAAAUUUCAACAGUAUGGUAGUGAGGAAUCAGCAAAAGUGACUCUAUUCAAAUUUGAUAGAAAGACCGAUUUUGAGAAUUGGAAACCCGUACUCGAUGAAUUUCGUAGUCGCUUAGCUUCUGUUGGAUUACAAAAGAGACCGCCCAAAAUUGAAUAUAUGCAAAACAGUAGAAACAACGCAGUCUUUACAGGAAAGAUUUUUGAUGCAGACGGUGGAACUGCAGAAAUUGCUUCCAAGAUAGACCAACACAACUUGGAAGAGUUUGAAGGUCUUAUCAUUCGUUGUAUUGGAGAUGGGAAAACAUAUGGCCUUGAGUUAAGAACUCGUUCUGGAGACAACGCUCAAGUGGAAUAUUUAGCACGUUUCCGAACUGUUCCAAAUAAAUGGCUCACAAUAAGACUUCCUUUUUCUAAGUUCGUGGCAGUUCCAAAAGAAGGAAUUUUGAGACCAGUACUUGUCACAGAAGAAAUCAACUUGAGUGACGUUUAUCAAUUGGCAAUCAAUUUUGUAAAAGCAACAAGGCAGGACGAAGAUGAUGGCUUUUAUCUUGCUAUUGACUAUAUCAAAGCUUAUCGAAAACAACAAGAACCUGAAUUUAUAAUGAUAUCUUGUACAGAUGUUGGAAAAUAUUUGCGUCCGGAUAAGCUCAAGGAAUUGGAUGAUGACAAUCCAAUCGUUUGGAAACUUCGAGGAGAGAUUGCCCUUCGCAACUCGGGAUUGACGUAUUGUAUUAUUCGUUCUGGAAGAUGUAUUGAUCGACCUGGUGGCCUUAAGCCAACUAUCGUUGAUCAAGAACCGAUACAAGACGACAAAUAUAUAAGUCAUGCAGACUUGGCAGAUGUGGUAUUGCAUUCCUUGAACAAUCGAAGAGCUUGUAAUGUAACAUUCAAUGCUUACGAGAGUAAUAGACAAGCACAACACUCCUCUCUAAAGCCAUUCGAGGCAACUGAUAUUUCAACAAGUUUAGAACAGUUGAGAGCCAAUACUUGAAGUUCUUAGUUUUUGGUUAGUUUUGAGUGUUCAUUAGGGUAAACAAGGGAAAUUGGAUUCACAAGGAU